AUUUAUCUACAAAAAAAAAAAAACUUUAAAAAAAUUUUCUCAUCCUUUAAACUUUUCAAAUUGCAUUAAAAAAACUUUGAUUUUAAAGAAAAAUAAAAUAUUUUCGUUACUGGCUGGAUUUAAUAAAUAUUUUGCUAUUUGUAUAAAGUAAAACUAUUCAAAUUACAAGUUCUUUGAAAGAUUUUCCUUAAAAAAGAAAGCCAAAGUCAUGGCAUUUUCCACCCAAAAAGAUUUUUUUCAUGUACCCUUUAUGAAUGAAAGUCCUGAGUUGGGCUGUAAGAAAGCUUGCGUUAAACUUAAGAGUUAUGAAUCUACCAUAGAUGAUCGUUCAUGGGCAAGUGAUGAAGCGAAACAAUCGAAGUUCUUAAGCGAUUUGGUAACAUGUCAAUAUCCGACUGCUGUGGGUUUUGGCGAAGGAGAUUUUAGUAGUUCAGAUAUUCAUGUUGGACGGGAUGAGUCUCAUGAUUAUGUUAGUGCUGGUAGAGGUCCUAGUAGUAGUACAAGACCUCGUAAUCAGGGUGAUGUCUCUGCAGGUGGAACGAAAGAUAACAUAUUACCCCAACUAGGAAACUUAACUGGUGGCGAUAGUCUACUCGAAUGUGCCAAUGUCCAUUUGGCGGAAUAUCAAAAAAUUUUGAAUAUAAAAACUACUCUCGAAAAACAAUUAGAAGUCUCCAAUGAACGACUCAAAACAGCCAAAGAAGAGAAUAAAAAAAUACGAGAAAUUUUAACCACCAAAUUAGAUUCGAACACGGCCAAAGAUUUCUUCAAUAAAAUACAAAAACUUACCACUGCCGGCAAACUAAAUAAGAAUGAAGAAAAUGAAAUGCUGCAAAUCUAUCAGAAAAUGGAAAAUCUGAAUAAAUCCUAUGAAAUAUUGCAGGCUGAAAAUAACUAUCUAAAACGUUUAAUAGAAAAAUUGACAGGACGUGUUACUUUAGAUAGUAUACAAACACAACCCGAGAAAUCUAAUGAUAUCAGUUAUUUGCAAAAAGAAAUAAAUACAUUGCGCAAGGAGUGUAUAAUGUUAAGGAAAAUGGAGGAUGAAUAUCAGAGAUUAAAACAACAGCAACAAACUAAUAGAAUGCCUAGCAUUAGUGAACAAGAUGCUGAAAAUAUUAAAGCCAUUAUAAAAGAACGCAAUAGUUUGAGGGAGAAAUGUAAAUCAUUUAAGGCUUUAGAACAACAGGUUCAGGAACUGCAACAAAAAGCUGCAGAGGCCAAUGAAAAGGCGGGUAUAUUGAGUAGUAAUUUAAAUAACCAAACACAUUAUAUCGGCAAAAUGGAGGGAGAAAUGCAAAAUAUGCAAAAAUACUAUGAAGAUCAAAAUCAAAAUGCCUGUUUUAAAGAAGAAUGUUUAAAGGCUGAACUGGAAGACUUAAAAAAUGAAUUGGUUAAGGCUAAAUGUCAAGCUCAAAAAGCCGAUAUGUUGGCCAUGGAAGUUUCUAGUCUGCGUAAUGAGGUUCUUAAACGUGAUUUAGCUUUAAAUGACUACGAUUGUCAGUAUAAACAGUUAAUGGACGUAGUAAAUGAGUUACAAUCUGUCAAAUUACAAUGUCUGCACGACAAUCAAACUCAAACAGGUAAAAACCAAACUGAUGAAUUGGCAUUUUAUACUUGUGCCACAUUAGAUGAAAUUUUGAAAGAACUAAAGAAAAGAGGUUGUCUCAACGACGAGACCAUGAUUGCUUAUGGGCUAGAGCCAGCACCCAAUGACUCAACGUUCGAAUAUGACAAACAAUGCUGUAGAGAAAUGCGUCGUCUGCAGCAGCAAGUGGAUGAGCUGAAAAAGGAAAUGGAAGAAGGUAACCAGUGCGAAACUAUGUGUGCAGACGCCCUAAAACGUUUAAAGGAAUUAGAAACGGAAAAUAACAAACUUUUACAGGAAAAACAGUAUUUAAAUGAAAAACUUAAAGAUGGUGAAGACAAAAUGGUCAAUAUGUUAAAUAAAAUCGAACAUUUGGAUAAAGAAAUCAAUAAAAAUGGCCAAGAAGCCAAUAGAAUAGGCAGAGACUUACAGGGAACAAUGGGUUUGGUGCGAGACAUCAGUGAUGUACAGUUGAGAAAUCAGCAAUUGGCAAAUGCAGUUAGCGCCAUAAACUCGCGAGAUGAUCAAAAGAUAAUUGAUGAUCUGCGCCGUCAAUUGGAGGAGGAAUUGGCUAAACUUAAGAAAUGCCAAAUAGAUAAUGCCAGACUACAGGAAGAAGCCAAAGUACGUGAAAUGGAUUUAAAAGAACUUAAGGAUCUAAAUAAUAAAUUAGAGGCCGAUAAGAAAAAACUCGAAAAGGAAUAUAAUCAAUUGCAAAAUGAUAAAGACAAUUUAAAGAAUAAUCUUAAUAAACCGGAGGGCAAAGCGAAAAAAGGUCGCAGCUUCGAAAAGGAAUUACGCAAAAUACUGGAAGAGUUUAUACACGAAUGUGGUUAUUGCUUUUGUCGCUUAUUCAAUACAAAAUCAAAACUAUAUGUCAUUUGUCAUAAACUGUAUCAUAGCGGCAUCGAUACACUCUCAUUUCGAGAGUUGGCCUAUCUUCAUAAGAAAAUCUAUGCCCAAGCUGAGCAAUUACUACCGGGAUGUUUGCUCGACAUGAUAUUGUCGGAUCAUCGUGAAAAAGUGGAAAGUAUGUUGAAUAUUUCAAUGGCCGAGCCACGUUUAGUUGGUGGUCGUGAGGGCGAUUUGAAAAUGUCCGAAUCAAAUGUUAUGUUUAAGGAACAGAAAUGCUGUUGCUGUAAGAAUGAAUUAUGUUGCAGUAAUUCAGAGGAAAUGCUUAAGGACAAGGUGAACAAACUAGAAAAGGACAUUGAAAUCGCUCGUGACUAUUUGGAGACAUUGAAAAAUAUCCCCUUGGAAACUAGUCUACCAACUGAUAAUGGUGAUUCCACUGAUACAAAUAAUUCAACUUACAGAGCCUCUUCUACGGUGAUGAUCCAACAAAAAUCACGCAAUUCGAGACAUAUAAAAAAACUAAAAUCUCGCUUAAUUAAACAUCCAGAUAUUUAACAUUUAUUAUUAAGUUUAUUUUUUAAGACAGGCUUAGAGUUUUUUUAUGUAUGAAUAUAUUAUAUAUGUAUAUAAGGCCACAUAUAUAUUUUUAUUGUAUAUAUAUAUAUCUAUGGGGAAUGAUUUAAAUUCUAAGAUAUAUUUUAUCUAAAUACUUUUAAUUUCUAAUUUUGGUUAAAUGUUUAAUUAAAAUUAUGAGAUUUAUGGGUAUUUAUUAUAAAAUGUAUUUUAUAAUAUAAACUUUUCACUAUAGAAAAUAUUGUUUAUAAACUAUUUUUUAAUAUUUUUAAAUAAAACUAUAGAAGUAUUUUC